CAGCAGUUACUCGGACACAUAGACUUAACCGUACAGCCAAUGAUUAUUUUGCAUGGAUGUAAAAUAAAACGUUAUUUAGUGCCAGUCUAUCUUUACCAUGAUGUGUGUACUGUAAAGUCAGUAGCAGUAGAGGGCGGUAUGACCUCUUGGUGUGUGUGAUCCAUACAUACGAAGAAAGGGAAGAAGAAGACGAGGCCAAAUAUGGGCAAAACACCGGGGCUGUUAGCUCGCUGUGCUAGUCUCGUAAGUGGGCGUAGGAUCUAGUUUUGUGAGAAAUAACGAGCUAAUUACUUUUGUGAGCAAUGUCCCUUAACAGGAUGAUAUUGUUGCACUUCAGUUUCUAUUAAAACAAUUGCAUUCAAAACCAACAGUCAGGGCUAGCUAAGUUGCAAGAGGUAGGAGAGAGUGGGCGGGGUUAAUCCAAAAGGAGCGCAGAAAAGAUGUCAGUGGAGUUCCCCCUGCCGCCACCACCACCACCUGCUCCAGGUCCACCACCUCCUCCAGCCUCAACGCCCAAGAAGAAGCUGUAUCAGACUAUAGCCAGUAGCAGGAGUCCUGUGGAGGGGGACCACACAGAGGCCCGCUUACUGCUCAGUCAGAGGGAGAGCAGGUUUAGGAAGGACUUGCAGUGGAUACUGGUGAACACAUAUGUGCCCUCCCUCAUUCAAGAUGGUCCACAGUGCGGCCUGGUGGCUUUGUGGAUGUCUGCUCACCUUCGACAGCCCCAGCUGAGUAUUGACAUGGAAACUGUUGUUCAGACGGCACUCAGCAGGGGAUACACGACACAGGGUGAAAUGUUUUCAGUUGACAACAUGGCCCUGCUGGCAGAGGAGGUUUGUGGCUGUAAGGCAGAGCUGCUGUCAGGGGGUUUAAGUGGUAACAACGCUGCAGCCAUCAUCGCACACCUGUGGGGGAGACAGCCUGUCCUCAUCCCAUAUGAUGAGGACUACAACCAUGAGCCGUGCCAGCGGAGCGGCCACAGGGCACACUGGGCAGUUGGUUCAGGUGUUCUCCUCGGUUUGGACCAGGGGAGCGUAAGCAAAGAGCACACUCGACCUGAUCCCACUCUGCCCUGGCUCUACCUCGCCGUAGACAGCAGCUCUUCCUGUCCUGUCGGUAGCAAGGCAGUCAAAGAGGUUUACAUCCUGGCUAAGCAGGGUAAAAGCCUGCACUACCAGCUGUGGAGUUUGGACAGCGUAGCUCAGAGCAACCAGCAGCUGAGGAAGAUGGACCCUCAUAGAGCUAAUGACGGGACCCAGUACGUGGUUCCUCAGGGAGGGGUGGAAGCUGGGCUGGCUGGAAAGGCAGUGUUGCUCCACACAAGGACACAGAAGCAACAAUGAUGCAGUACUCUAUCUUUAAAACAAAGGAUACAAGCGGCAGUUUCUGAGACUCAUGACACACUGAUCUGUUGAGAGGCAUAACGGUGUACCUUCAUCCUGCAAUGUGAUUAAUACCACAGUUUAACCCAAAAUCCGUAACUGCCUGACUUCCACAAGUUUUGGAAUUUGUCCCAAAGGGCUUCAGAGUAUUGAUACUGUAUGUGCUAGAGUUCUGAUGUUGGGUCAUUAUGGAUCCAGUUUAGGGGUAAGCGAUGUGAAAAUAUUAAAUUAUUAAGUACACUAUCCACAUAUUCUGAGUUAGUUGUCCCUUUAAUAUCUCUAGUUAUAUAAGGCCCUUUGCAGGCAGUGCUGUUGGCAAAUUAAUAGGACUGCAUUAUCAAGUGUU